AUGACCACACUUCAUAAACACAACGUAUACCCCAGACCACGCGAAUUCGCUAGGAUGGAUAGUUUCGAUCGUGUUCCCCGCGAGUCACUCGUCGAGAUUGUCAAAACCGCAGCAGACUGGGUAACCCUGGAAGAUCUUAUUGUGGACUUCACGCAGCUGACUCCGCUGUUCGAACCGGGAAAUAAACCCGAUAGUCCUGCAGACCCUGAAGCGAUGGCUCUCGUGAGGCAUAUCCUCGAGCAUAAUUCAAUUAUGUCGUAUGAUUAUCUCGAACGCUAUUUCAUGGUGUGUGUCGAGCUACGAGGGCCGAUUCCGCACACGAGUCUGUACGACUUUGUUGACAAGACCAGUUUCGACCUCCAGAGUAGCAGACAUGGCCACCGCCUCUCAAUGUCUACGGCGACUCGCGCCUCCCUCCGCGCGGUGGUAAACAUCGCCGCCAAUAUACAACGUCUGGCCUGCAUGUGCUUGACAACACUGCGAGCGCGACUGCAGGCAAUGCUGCCCCAGUACUUCAAAGACAUCCGAGAAAUGCCGUCUCUGGUACCGUGUAAGCUCCGAGACGUGGGUGCAUUCUCUUGGAUCGAGGAGUACCGCGUCUACCGUGCCCUGUGGCACUUGCAGACCUUUAGCGAUUUCUUGCAGGUGGCUGUUCAGCUGCGAUGGACGGACGAGCGGGCGCUAUCUCUUCAGAGAGAUCAUCUCCACUGGAGCGGACUUUGCAGGGAGGAGCCAUAUACCGCAGAGGACGAUACCGAGUGGGAAACACUGUGUAAAAACACGGCCGCUUGGGAGGAGAUAUGCGAAGUGUCGGAGUGUCUUGAAGCCCUCUACGCCGGGUCUCCUGAGCUCUGCACGACCUAUUCACCACAGGCUCCCAGCGAGGACGAAGACAAGUUUGUCCCCGAAUGCUUUGACCUCGGAAGGAAGUACCGGAUUCACGGCAACCACAACGUCUUCCUGCUAGAGAGACUCCCCAAUGCAUUCCGCUGCCCGGGGGGCCCCUUCGAGGUGUGGUCGCCGCCGGCCCAGCCGCGGGAGGGGGACCUCUUGCAUGAGCUCUGGGGCCAGAGUGGCGAGCAUACCGCGCACCACGAGGUCCUGGACUUCGUAUACGCCUGGCGUCUACUGCAAGAAGACGGAGACCCCGCGGCAUGUUACAACAUAGCGCCCCUGUCCUUCCGGCAGCUGGGCAUGGGGCUGUGGGACUACUGGCGGCUCUUCGAAUUAGGGCUUCACGAAGUCUGGCCCGACAGAGGCUCGACGGCGCUGACCACCCCAGACGGUGAUAUUCUAUCAUUACUGAAAUGA